AUAACCCAUACUCUCUUCACAUUUCCACACCAAGAAUCAAGACAAUUGUCAAGUGUUACUCUUUUCAUACACCUAUAGCUUUUGCUUCCUUCUAUUUCCCAAAUAUAAUGGAGAAAAUUACCCUUUCUCUAAUUUUGUUUCUCUUCAAUAUCUCUAUCUUCACAUUUGUUGGAGGAGUGGAGGGCACUAGUGCUAGUCAUUCACAACCUCGUGCCAACAAAUUUGUGGAGGCACAAUGCAGGCGCACUCGUUAUCCAAAGUUGUGCAUGACUUCUUUGUCAAAUUAUGUCACUCCCGCAUCUGAACCCCAAGAGCUAGCUCAAGCAGCAUUGAAAGUGAGCUUAGUAAAAGCUAUCUACACGAAAGCUUACGUGAACAAGGUUUGUAAACAACUCGAACAAACCAAGUCUAAGGAUUAUCAAGUGGUGAAAGAUUGUUUAGAUCAAAUCUCAGAUGGCAUUUCCUUGCUUUUCAACUCGGUGGAAGAGCUUCACCAUUUGAAUUUAGACAAGGAAAGUGAGAUGUUAUGGCAUAGGAGUAAUGUUCAAACUUGGCUUAGCACAGUUUUGACUGAUGCUUUCACUUGCAUGGAUGGGAUCUCUGGCCACAAAUUGGGUGGUUAUAGAGUAAAGGCUACAAUUAAAGCUAAGGUUCUAAAUGUUGCACAAGUCACUAGCAAUGCUUUAGCUUUGUUUAAUGGAUACGCUGUUAGGCACAAGGCUUCCCAUCACUCCAACUCUGGCAAAAUUAACAAGCCCUAGAAUUCAGAAUCUCUGUAUUUGAUUUUUAAUCUUUCUAGUAUUUUUGUUAUGUAUGUCAAAGCAUAUGUAACUUCAGUUCUCUCUCCGUAAAAUAGAUUUUGAUACUCUUUA